AUGCCGCUCCAUGCCGCUCCAUGCCGCUCCCCGCCGCUCCCCGCCGCUCCAUGCCGCUCCCCGCCGCUCCCCGCCGCUCCAUGCCGCUCCCCGCCGCUCCCCGCCGCUCCAUGCCGCUCCAUGCCGCUGCUGCUGCUGCUGCUCGAAGGCGAGACCCAGACUCCCAGCCCCGCUCCUGGCCGCUGUACGCUUUUCCAGCCGCGCACAGAUGAAUACAGACCCGUCAGUCCGCUCUAUGCUCCCCGUGUGCACAAACCUUUCCUUCACGCCCAGUGGAGCCAGGUCGUGUUGGUAUCACGCACAGUGCGGUGA